GUUGACAUGGUUGACAUUCCAAUGUCGGUAGUUAAUGUCUUAAAAAAUCCCUGAAAUAUUUUAAAAUCCAAACGAUGUAGUGCGUUUUUAAUUAAAAAAAACCUUCAAUAGUUCAUUACAUUCCAUAAUGGAGACAUCAGAAAGCGUUGUGGGCGAAAAUAUUGCUUUUAAAUCCCUUCAAGAUGUUAACAACUUUCCAGAAGGGGUUCGUAAAGAUGACUUUGAAAGCGAAUCCGAUUACGUUAAUUCCUCAGAAGAUGAUAAUAAGGUCCUCGAUAGUGAAACAGAGUGUGAAAAGGUAAAGGUGUGUGGAAAAUGUGAAGAUUUAGAGGUGCAAUUAUUGAGUCUUUAUGGAAGGUUUAAUGGGUUGGAGGAGAAAUUUAAGAAAUUGGGGGAAGCUAAGGAGAUGUUACAGAGUAAAUAUGAUAAUGUACUUAAAGAAAAAGAACAAGCUGUUAAAGACAAAGAAACUAUGGUAUUAAGAUACGCUUGUAGUGAAAAAAAUGUGAUCGAGCAAAAAUAUGCAAAAGACGCUUUAGAAAAGAAACAUAAAGAAUGUUUGCGAGAGAUUGAUAUUUUGCAGUACAAAGUUAACCAAAUGGGCACGGAGAAAGCUAGAAUUUGUCAAAUGUUAGAUAAUAAGUGUCACGAAUUAAAACAAAGUCAAACCGAGGUGCAACACACAAAAACUGAUUUGGCUAAUCUAGAAACUAAAAUGAAAUGGUUACAAAAUAAUUUAAAAAGCGAAUUGGAUAUGAGGAAAGAAAAAGAAUCUAAAAUUGAAGGUUUAAACGUAAAAUUACAAGAAGUUUUAAACGAAAUUGAUCAAACGAAAAAAGAGAGUCAAGAAAGUAUUAAAAAUUUUCAUACAUCACAGGAAAAUCGAGCUCAUCUUUUAGAUCAACAAUUAAAAGAACAACAAGCAACGUUAAUCAUGUUGCGACAUGAAAAAAACGAUAAAGAACAACAAAUUAAAUUGUUACAAAGCGAAAUGGAAAAGGCGCAAAGCAAACACAAAAAUGUUUUAGAUGAAAAUAAUGAGUUAUCGCAAAAGGUGCAACAAUUAGAAAGAGAUCGGUUAGAAAUGGAGCAAAAAUUGAGUGAGUUACGAUGUUAUGCCGACCAACAAAGAGAAGAUGCGGCCGAUUUAUGCUCGAAAAAUGCUGAGUUGGCCCAAAUUAAAUUACAAUUAAAAAAUGAACAAGAACAAUUAAGUGCUUAUAAAGAGCAAAUAAACCAUUUAAAACUAAGAAAUAAUGAAUUAGAAUCUGAUAUGGAAUCUUGUCAUAUAAAAGAGGCUGAUUUAUUAUUAUUUACUCAACAAUUAACCGAUAAAAAUGUUAGGUUACAAUCCGAAUUUACAGCAAUGGAAACUAAGGUUCAACAAUUAAUAUGUGAACAAACGUUAUUAAAGAGAGGUACAAAAGAGCAAGAAACGAAAGCGAUUUUAUUAUCGAACCAAUUAAUGGAAGAAAAAAAGAAAUCUUCGAGUGAAAUUGAAACUUUAUUAAAAAAUUUGGAAGAUAAAUCAAAAUUAUGUGAUCAAUUAACUGUUGAAAUUGGCGAUCAAAAAGGUGAAAAUGCCGUUAUAAAACGGAAAUUCGAAUUAUCAUUGCGAGAAGUCAACAAGGAGUUGAAUCAGUGUCGGAAAAAAUUGGACCAAUACGAAAAUAAUAAUUGUUUAAGUACGGUUAUUAGUAGUAGUAGUAGUUCGAGUACUUCGUUAAACGGGGUUGUCACUGAGAGAAAUGGGGGCGAAUUACUCCAAAGUAAUCAUUUCGAAGAUCAAGUUAAGGUUGUUCAACCUGAAAGGGUUUUAGAUAAACAAGCUUUAAUUGAACAUAUAGUUAAAUUGCAAAGGGUUAGUGCUAGAAAAUCGGAAAAAAUCGAUUUUCUUGAGGAACAUGUUAAUACUUUGGUGGCGGAGUUACAAAAAAAAUCACGGUUGUUACAUAAUUAUAUUUUACGUGAACAAACUGGUGCUUUAUCUUCCAAUAGUAUGGAUAAUAAUAAGGCGAUCUUAGCAAAAUAUCCCGGAGUAAUGUCUUCAAUGUACAGUUCAAAAAUUUCCGAUAACAAUUUAACCUUAGAAUUAUCAUUAGAUAUCAACCGGAAAUUGCAGGCUGUACUUGAAGACGCUUUACUUGAAAAUAUCACUUUAAAGGAAAAUGUAGAUACUUUGGGAGUGGAAAUUGAAAAAUUAAGCAAAAAAAUUAAGACAUAAACGAAUUGAAUCUCUGUAUUAAAUAUUUAAAAAAAAUGUCUAUAUUAAUAUAUUAUUGUUAAAGUCAUUAAAAUAAAAACCAUUUUGAACCAA